GGUCUGCCUAUCAAUCCGAAGCAUACAUAACAGAUUGUCUAUUCCUUAUCUCACUGGAUUGGAUCCUUCAUCCAUCCACCACCACGGCGUAGAAUCUGGAGAGCGACUUUGAGGAUUUUGAGAUGGAGAAUUAUGGCGCUGUCAACAGCGUACGCACGCCGGAUCUUCCGGGAACCACUGCGGCCGCAGAAUCCAGCGCAUUACUGGGCGGGAAUCGAGACACGACGGUGAAACGGGAAGCCAAGGCAGAUGGUCAUGCAACCGUCGUGAGUUGCGUCAGUAAUCUGUGCAAUACUAUUGUCGGCAGCGGAAUGCUCACGUUUCCCUUGGCCAUGGCUUCUGCUGGGAUAUUGCCUGGAAUGAUCACCUGCCUCUUCUCCGGAUCUGUCGCCGCCUUUGGCUUGUAUCUCUUGUCCUUGUGUGCCGCCAAGGCACCGCACCGCCGUUCCUCAUUCUUUGCUGUCGCACAGCUCACGUUUCCCAAGGCCGCAGUAUUUUUCGACGCGGCAAUUGCUAUCAAGUGUUUUGGGGUGUCCAUUAGUUACCUGAUUAUAAUUAAAGGCCUGAUGCCGAACGUUGUUGCCUCAUUAUACCACGACCUUGUUGCCUCCGAUGCCCACGUUCCAGCAUGGGCAUCGUCCGGCCGGAACUGGAUAAUGCUGUUCUCAAUCAUUCUGGUUCCCUUGGCCUUUUUGAAGCAUCUACACAGUCUUAGACACACCAGUUAUGUCGCCUUGUUCUCAGUAGCUUACCUCAUAAUUAUUGUUAUCAAGUACUAUUGGUGGCCUACGAAAAAUAUGCCAUCUCCUGGAGAAGUACAUUUCGUGCACUUUACACCCAGUUUUGUUUCGACAUUUCCUGUUCAAGUUUUCGCCUUUACCUGCGCCCAGAAUCUCUUCCCUCUUUACAACGAGCUCAAGAGCAACACACAGGAACGAAUGAACAUCGUUGUUGGUUCAUCUAUUGGCACUGCAACUCUGACCUAUGAGAUUAUCGCAGUCUUUGGAUAUCUUACAUUUGGCUCUAAGGUCGGUGCCAACAUUAUUGCCAUGUACCCCCCGACGUCACUUUUCGUCGCCGUGGGACAGUUGGCUGUUGUUAUCCUGGUCCUAUUUUCGUACCCUCUGCAAGUACAUCCCUGUCGGAAUUGCCUAGACAAAGUGUUCCACGCCGGGAGCGUUCCGUCGGCCAAAGCAAUUGUGCAUGAUGACGAUGAGGAGGAGGAGAAUCUCGAUGAGCUACCGAGCGCCGUUAUGACACCGUUGAAGCACUCUUUGCUCACUUCUGCCAUCGUUGCAAGCGGAUUCACGAUUGCUUAUUUUGUCGAUAACCUGCAAAUGGUGCUUUCAUUUGUUGGUUCCACUGGAUCGACAACGAUAUCUUUCAUUCUUCCUGGUUUGUUUUACUGGAAGUUGACGCGUGACGAUCCUAGUGUACAGACAUUGAAUCGGUUGGCUUUUGCGCUGAUGAUAUACGGCUCAUGCAUCUUCGUAUUCUGCCUAGGGUUCAACAUCUAUCAGGUUAUCACACCGUCCGGUGGGGGACCCGCUCAUUGAAACACGUCAAUAUAUAGAUCUGCCCUACAUGCACAUGUAUCUUUACUUGGAAUAUGCAGUAACAUGCGUUGAUAGAAACGAAUUUCUUGCAGUGGUAGGGUCUGCUACAUGUACCUGAUCGUACGACAGGACAUUUGAAAAGGAUUGAAAAAAUGCAAAGCCGACAUGAAAGCAUCGUCAUGCGGUAUACUGGGGUUGAGGACAUUGGGAUCGCAAUCAAUGUCCUUGUGCAGGGUCCAGGGGUAGAUUUGCCAGCAAUACUAGCUAUGAUCGUUGAUUCCAUCAAUCUUGCAAGCGAGCCCUCCCAUGGGGGCGUAUUUAUUUUAUUUCAAUCGACCAUAGAAUUCGUUUGAGCUUGACGUGAAUUAUUGGGAGGUACCUAGGCUUGACACGUACAAG